GUUUGUGGUAGGCGUUAGACUCCCUAUUUAGUUGUUCGUGGAUUUCAAUUUUCCCUUUUACGCCAGGAUAAAAUAAUUCAGGACAUUUAAAUGAACUUUUUCGACCGAUAAUCACCUUCAGUCAGCCAAAUGAGAAUUAUCAACCAUUUCAUUUCCUUGUGCUUAGAAUCAUGAACGGUUGUUGGAAGCGACCGGAUUUGCCGAGCAAGUGUACAUUUUCUUUACAGAAGCCAAUAUCUGAAAGCCCCCAUCGGCAUGUAUCAGUCCCAAAACGAUCCAAAGUAAUCAGUAAUGUUUUGGAGCUGAUCGGUGAUACACCCUUGAUUCGACUUGAUCGGAUUGCAAAAUGCGAAGGCAUAGAAUGUGAACUAUUGGCCAAAUGUGAAUUUCUCAAUAUUGGAGGUAGUGUUAAGGAUAGAAUCGCAAAACGUAUGGUUGCAGAGGCCGAAGAGGAAGGAAGACUUAAGCCCGGGGAUACAAUUAUUGAACCUACUUCAGGAAAUACUGGUAUUGGGUUGGCCCUUGUAGCUGCUACUAGAGGCUAUAGAUGUAUUAUAGUCAUGUCAGAAAAGAUGAGCCGUGAGAAGGAAUCCUAUUUACAAGGUUUGGGUGCGGAAAUAGUGCGUACACCAGCCUCAGCAAAUUUCGAUGAUCCUGAUUCUCUGUUUUUGGUAUCAGAAAAUAUAAAGAGAGAAAUCGGUCCUACUGCACAUAUAAUGAAUCAGUAUACAAAUCCAUAUAACCCUAUAGCUCAUUUUGAUGAAACUGCUGAAGAAAUUAUUCGUGAUUGUACAGAAGAAAAUGGUCAAAUCAAAUUAGAUAUGUUGGUGGCUGGGGCUGGUACUUGCGGCACAAUAACCGGACUGUCACGGAAAAUAAAAAUGAAAGUACCUAAUUGUCUAAUUGUUGGAGUGGACCCUGUCGGUUCUAUUUUAGCUGACCCAAGUUGUAAAGAGACGACUCCAUAUGAUGUAGAAGGCAUUGGUUAUGACUUCAUUCCUACUGUUUGUGAUCGAAGUGGAGUUGAUAAGUGGUGCAAAACAGCGGAUCACCAGUCCUUCGAAAUGGCCAGACGACUCAUACGCAAGGAAGGUCUGCCGUGUGGUGGUAGUUGUGGUGCUGCUGUACUUGGCGCUAUCAAGGCUAUCAAAGAACUAGGCCUUGGAAAAGGUAGUCGGGUCGUAGUUAUAUUACCUGACAGUGUCCGCAAUUACAUGACUAAAUUUUUAUCAAAUGAAUGGAUGUACAGCCGAGGAUAUAUGGACCUUCCUCUUGGUGAUCCGUUUCGAAAUAACUGGAUUAAUAGCGAACUGGACGAACUAAUUAAUGGUCUGCCGAAAACAGUAAGAAUAUCUGGACAGCAAACUAUAAAGCAAUCAGCUGAUGUAAUGAAGUUUGAAAAUGUACGGGCGCUGCUGGUACUAACAGAAAAUAAGGGGAAAAGAGGUUCAGUACUUGGUGUAUUUGAUUCUGGUGUUUUGAGAUUGCUGUUGAAUGGCUGCGUUACACCUUUGGAUCCUGUCAUCUCAGGAGUUAAUAAAAACUUUCGACAGGUUGAGGAGAAAUAUGGCCUUGAUCGCGUCUCUCGUGAACUAAUGGUUGAACCAUACGUUAUUUUGUGGAAAUCGGAAGAUUUAGUUUCUGAUUGAGUGGGAGUAUUCAAUACUGCUGCGUUUUUGUGCAAAAAAUAAUGCAUGAAAUUUAUGUUCAACAGUAAUCUGCGUCUGUGAUGCAAUGAAUUGAUCCGUCUGCAUUAUUUGAGAUGAAAUGACUGAACUAUUGAUGAAUCCUAUUUGCAUACUAUCACCUGGGUAACAUUCGAUUCUUGUUCCAUAGCACAAAAGCUAAUGAAUUCAUGCUACCAAGAGAGCAUUUCAUCCUGUUAAUGUUUAUCAUUGGCAUUAAAAUUUCUUGAUUUUUGUAAACUCAUGCAUUCUGGUCAUCUUUACCUUUCGUAAACAGAUCCUCAUUUGGUGUGUCGUGAAGAUUUUCUCUAUUGGUCUCUCUCUCGACGAUAAAGAAACUGGUUGUAUCUUUUUUCAAUAUUUCUCCCAUGUUUUAGUAAUGAAUAACAUUGGAGACGCUCUUGUCUUUUUCUGAUAAUAUUCUAUAGACCUGAACAACUAAAUGUAAUUAUUUUAUCUAUAGUGUGAUAAAUGUAAUCAUUAUUGGAAUAAGAAACAGUAAUAUUUUAGCUUUGGUCACUUACAUUCAUUUCUCUUUUUUAAGUCUCCAGUGGUGAGUAAUGUCCACUUCACUCUCACUUUUGCAUAUAAAGUUGUUCAGGAACAUUUUAUGAGAGAUAGAUGAUAACUUCUGUUCACUUUCACAACGUUGUGAUUGAGAAGUUUCCACUUUCAUUUCUAUGUAGUACAGUAAUACGAAUUAUCUAAUGCAAUAUAUGCAUGACACACAUUUUCUGUGGAAUGGUUUGCAUGGACUGAAUUUCUCUUAGGG